CAACCCGUCUGUUGUGCAAAGUGGCCAUCGAUAGCUUCUUCUUCGUCUCAACCCCCAAGACGACCAAGUGUGGGAUCUUUGGUGGCAGCAGGUGUUUUGUAGUCAGCCUAUGAGACACUAGUACUUGUCCUGGGUGUCUUGGAAGGAGUCUCAAGCCAACAGCGUCUAAAACUCUUAAACACCCUGAUCCUGGGUUUCAGCAUCUUUGAAGAAGCAAGCUUACUGACAGCAGUGUAAUGUUCAUGAAGUCUCAAACGCUCUCUCCUUUGCUUCCACCUUCAUAUCACUUUCUCUUCGCUGGCCAAAAUGGCCCACGUGUUCGUGUACGGGACCCUCAAGAGAGGCCAGCCCAACCAUCAGGUCCUGCUGGACAGCAGCCACGGCUGGGCGGCGCUGCGGGGCCAGGGCCGCACGGCCGAGCCCCACCCUCUGGUGAUCGCGGGCCAGCACAACAUCCCGUACCUGCUGCGCCUGCCCGGGCGGGGCCACUGCGUGGCUGGGGAGAUCUACGCGGUCGAUGAGCAGAUGCUGCAAUUCCUGGAUGAAUUUGAAGGCUGCCCAGACAUGUACCAGCGCACCCUGGUGAGGAUUGAAGUCCUCAAGUGGGAAGGCAAACGCAGUGCCCCUGUGGAGACGCCAGCUGCCGACAGCACCAUGCAGUGCUUCGUGUACAGCACCGCCACCUACUCGCCGGAGUGGGCCCUCCUCCCGUACCACGACAAUUAUGACUCCCAGGGGACGCACGGCCUUCGCUACAAUCCGCGGGAAAACAGAUGAGAAGGGAAAGGCGCAUGGGCCCGACGGGGGCCGAAGCCAGCCGGUGAUUAUGAGAUUACCGGCCUGUGGGCCGGCCAGCCGGCGGAGAACGCUGCCCUUUUAAACCAAUAUUUGUGAAACUCGAUCGUGUGGGGGUGGGGAGGGUGGUUUUCAGUGAAGGCCAGGCUUACAAAUAAUUGUGACAUACAAAUGACCAAAUCUUACCUUUUUAAUCCAUCAGAUACUGUUCUACUGCUAAAUGCUCAAAACACAUGGUAGACUGGAUGUAUUUGAUAAGAAAAAAUUUAGAUUUUUGUUCCCAUAAAUGACAUUUAGACAGAA